AUGUCGAACGCGUGGCAAGAAUAUCGGGAUCGCAUAUCAGGAGGCUGGAAAUGCAUCUCGUAUGAAAUGUUCAAGAUUUCCGGAGCGGAGAAAACACUCGUCGCCAAACCACAUGGCGAAACUCCGCUCGGCCGCGUCUAUAUCUCACCCCAAGGCUGGCUCGCCGCUCAUCUCGCCCGGCCAGAACGAAUGGAGAAAGCGAAAUCAGACCAGCCGUGGCAAACGGCGUCUGACGAGCAGGUCGCUUAUGUUGGUCGUGGGCUGGCCAUGUAUUGCGGCGCCAUGCAGCUCUUCAAGAAUGACGAUGGCUCUUUGUACUGGCAGACCAAGGUCGAAGUAAGCACCGGUAUGUCGUGUGACUGGACUUGGAAUCGCUGAGUGGCGCUGCUUGCUCAUCAGACGCCAUUGGCAGAUCCGAAUCGAAUGGGCGGCAUCGAAGAGCGGAAAGUGAUUCUGUCACAUGAAAAUGGGAAAGAAUAUAUGACCUUGGAGCCGAAGCAAGAUAUGCUUCUUGAUGUGGGUGAGACGACAAGAUUCGAGCAGUCGAAGCGAGCUGAACAUAUGUACAGGACGGUACGCCGACUAGAGCGAUCCUCAAGUGGGAGAAGUUCGAGUAG